UAGGUGAACUUCACCUGGCGAAAUCCAGUAUGACGUCACCCCGACACAGAAGCCACCGCUCCUUCUCAUUGGUCUACAGCUCUGUGACUCACCUGCACGUCGUGAGACGCUGAUGUCUCUUUCUUCAACGCGUGACACAGACCCCCCCGCACCCCCACCACAGCUGGCAGCGCAGACGGACCCGGUCUGGAUCAGACGGAGGACACGGACCGACAGACACUCACCGUCACAGACAGCGGACCACAGCCGAGCCGAGAGAGCCGCGUCCCGGUGACCAUGUCGGUGCUAGGCCAGCACCCCAGCAGCAGCACUGACGCCUGCCUCAGCAUCGUCCACAGCCUGAUGUGCCACCGGCAGGGCGCAGAGAACGAGGGCUUCGCCAAACGUGCCAUCGAGAGUCUGGUGAAGAAGCUGAAGGAGAAGAAGGACGAGUUGGACUCACUCAUCACGGCCGUCACCACCAACGGCGUCCAUCCCAGCAAGUGUGUCACCAUCCAGAGGACGCUGGACGGACGGCUGCAGGUGGCAGGUAGGAAAGGUUUCCCUCAUGUGAUCUACGCCCGUCUGUGGCGUUGGCCGGACCUCCAUAAGAACGAGCUGAAACAUGUGAAGUUCUGUCAGUUUGCCUUCGACCUGAAGUAUGACAGCGUGUGUGUCAACCCCUACCACUACGAGAGGGUGGCGUCCCCCGCCACCACAGGUCCUCAGUCUCUGAUAAAGGAAGAGUUCAAGCAGGACUGUCUCCAGAUUGACCUACCCCCUCGCACUGACCCCUACAACCAGCCCCACCCCGUCAGCAUGUAUCCCAGCAUGCCCCUCUCUCCUCCAGGCAGCAGCUCCAUGUCAGCUGCAGCUCUGUCAGCUGGUGGCGCCGUUGGUUGCAGCAGGAGCGGUGGAGGUGUCGGUGGAGGUGUCGGGGAUGUCGGUGGAGACAGCGAGGGCCAUGGCCUCCUUCGGAUUGCACCACCUCAAAGCCAUGGGGGCCACGUCUCCCCACCUCACCCGAACCCCCCUCACACCCCCCAACCUCCUCACCCUCCCACCCCCACCUCCCCACACCAGCAGAGCCCCGAGUACAGCUGCCCCCCCAACACUGCAAACUGGCCAGGUAAUAGCUCCACCCCCUACAGCCCAGCAGGACCUCAUCAGAGUGGGCGGAGCCACCAGCAGCCUCAAUUGCAUCAUCAUCACCACGCCCCCAACACUCACUUCUGGUCACAGCAUCACAGUACUGCUCCAUAUCCACAACCAGUUUCCAACCACCCUGGUCCAGAGUUUUGGUGUUCCAUCUCAUACUUUGAGUUGGACAUUCAGGUUGGGGAGAUGUUUAAGGUCCAGUCCAGCUGUCCUCUGGUGACAGUGGAUGGUUACGUGGAUCCUUCGGGAGGAGACCGUUUCUGUUUGGGACAGCUGAGUAACGUCCACCGCACUGCUGCCAGCCACCGUGCCAGGCUCCACAUUGGUCGGGGGGUUCAGCUGGAGUGUCGGGGGGAGGGAGACGUUUGGAUGCGUUGCCUUAGUGACCACUCAGUGUUUGUCCAGAGUUUCUACCUGGACCGUGAGGCGGGUCGAGCACCAGGAGACGGAGUUCAUAAGAUCUACCCCGGAGCUUAUAUCAAGGUGUUUGACCUGAGGCAGUGUCACAGACAGAUGCAGCAGCAGGCGGCGGCAGCUCAGGCGGCAGCGGUGACUCAGGCGGCGGCGGUCGUCGGUGCGAUUCCGGGGCCGAACAGCGUUGGGGGGAUCGCCCCAGCUGUCAGUGUGUGUUCAGCAGCAGGUCUGGGUGUGGACGACCUGCGCCGGCUGUGUAUCGUGCGUCUGAGCUUCGUGAAAGGUUGGGGGUGUGAUUAUCCACGUCAGAGCAUCAAGGACACCCCCUGCUGGCUGGAGGUUCAUCUGCACCGAGCGCUGCAGCUGCUCGACCAGGUGCUGCACACGCUGCCGCUGCGAGAACACGCGCUCUGACACGCUGCAACAGACUGUGGUGGCUGCUUCCCUCACCUGUAGCUCCACAGUCAGAGCCCGACAGCAGCCUGACAGGUGAAACCCAGGGCAAAAGAAAUGCUGGAGGAUAAUAACUGGAGGCGCAUCCACGUGUUGAUGAGCUGCUGUCUUCUCUGCAGAUGACUCGGAGGAUAAAGUGACAUCAAACUGACCCUGGAACAGUGGGGGAUGCGUCCUCACGUCCUCAUUAUCAGAGUCUUCAGCUGGUAUUUAAAAAGUCACUACGGGUUGUUAUUUCCUGUCUACAAAAGAAGAGAAGAAGAAAGGAAACAAAGACUGAUGAUGUUUCUCUGACACAGAUGCCUCUUUACACUGUGUGAAGUCCUGUUGUCAGUCCAUGGGACCAGGUCAGUAUCUGUACUGGUUCCUCAGGGGUCAGUGCCGUCUGAUUCCCUCCUUCAGGACACAUCGUCCAUCAGUCUGUCUGUUUCUAUGUCAGUGCCUAGAUGUCUGCGUUUUUCUCUCUUUUUGUCUCUGUCUCAAGAGUCAUAUUAUAAAAAGAUAGAAAAUAUGUUUUUGUAGUUUUGGUGAACUGACCCUUUAACAACAGGAAAACUUACCUGCCAUAAAUCAGGUGUUUCCACAGUGAUGUCAUCUUUCUGUUUCACUCACAGUUCCUUCAACGUGACACUGAAAGAUUUACUUUUAAUGAUUAUCUGCCAAAGAUUCACUUCCUGUUCUCGAGGACAUCACAUCCUGUUUACUCUGCAUUCACAUUAUUUAUUCUGUCAUCAGGUUUUUUUCUCUCAUCUUUUUAUUAUUUUAAUGCAUUUUAUAUUUUAAAGACUUUUAUACUGAAAGAGUCUAAGUGCAAAAUAUGCUGUUUAUUCAAAAUAAAACUUUUCAGAUAAAAAAAUCACCCCCCCCCGUCUUUAUUUCCUCCAUCAGCAGCUCAGUCAGCUUUGCAGUUCAACACAUUGAACAAAAAUAAUGUGAAAUUCAUGAACUUUAUUUAUUCUGACUUUUAUCUUUUGUUGUUUAUUGACUUCUUUUUG